AUGUCAGCUCCAGCACAAAUACAUCCGGUCCGGAGGACGAACGGAGGUUCUUCAGCACCGGCAAGUCAGACUUCAGAAUCAACAAAGGGAAAGGGGACGCGUGAGAACAACUCCCAGGGGAAAGCUAGAGGUAGAGGCUCUAAUGCGAGAACCACGGAGGCAAAUAAGCAUGCGAAUGAGAGCGAGACUCCCAAACCCACAAAGACUAAGGCUCAUAAUGAGGGCGAAAAACUUGUGAUACGCCGUCUACCUCCCGGUAUGACGCAGGCGGAGUUUCUAUCAAUUCUCGGAAGCGAGUGGGAGCUGGGUAAGGGCAGGGUUGAUUGGUUUUGCUUUGCAGGAGGGAAAAUUUCUACCGACCCUUCAAAACCUUCUCGACCAGGUCGUGCCUAUGUUCAUGUCGUGAGAAAGGAUGAUAUCUUGACAUUGAGUGAAACUGUGCGAAAUGCUGUUUGGGAGGAUGCAAAGGCAUCUUUCAAUAGUCCUUCGUUGAUCGGUCCUCCUUCAGUUGAGUUCGCUAUCUACAAAAAGAUACCAAGUAACAAAAAGCGCACCGAUGCACGUCAAGGAACCAUCGACCAGGAUCCCGAAUUUAUGGCUUUCUUGGAGGAACUAGCAAAUCCAGCUCCGCCAAACCAAACCCUUGGAGGAGAAGAGGGAGACGAGCUCAGCAAGGCAGAGGCCAAGGUCACCACUACACCACUUAUUGAAUAUCUCAAAGAGAAGAAAGCGAACAAGUCUAAGGAUAACACAUCUUCCAAGAACUCUAAGCACGGACAGGGGGAUUCCAGGGGCGGAAAGGGUAAGAACUCGUCUAAGGAGGAAGACUCAGGAAAGAAGAAGGGCAGGGAUUCUAAGGCUGAGAAAGCAGAGAAAGCCCCCAGAGAAACUGUCAAGAUUCUGACCAAGAAGGCGGCCUCUGAGCAAAAUGCAGAGGCAUCAAAGACCAAUGCCAAAAGCCAAACCAACGACUCUAGCAGCCAGGAGGCAGCACCCAAGAGUCGGCGUGCGGGGAUUAUGGCUGCUGCAAGAAUCUUGCAACGAGAUCUUGGUCUAAGUCCUGGAAGUGCGCACAGAAAGGCACGCCAUGACGCUGCAAAGGCUGAUUCAGAUACCAAGACGGUACCAGAAAAGGAGAACCCAGCCUCGUCAGAUGGAAAAGCAAGUGCUUCUGAACCCCCAGCUUCACCUGCGAAAUCAACUGAGGCUGAGGCUCCUACUGUGAGGGGCCGAGGGGCUGCUGCCAAUUCCAAUAAGCAACAGCCGUCGAACCGCAGAACCAGAGGUGGAAAGAAUGCUGAGAAAGGCAAGGAGAAGGAAAAGGACGGCAACAAAGAGACUAAAGAGAAGGAAAAGAUCAAAGAAGGGACCCCAGGCCAAAGUCAAGCGGUCCCCAACCCUCCAAUCGUUCUCCUCAGGAAGAAAGGCAACGAAGCCGAGUCCAGUCAGCCCGCGAAACCAGCAAACGCCACCCCUCCGCCAUCAGUCACGCAAGGAGGCAGAUCGAAGGAGAAUGCCCCUGCUGGCUCUAAAGGUGGUGCGAACAAGGCUGCCAAUGCUCAAAAGAAGCCUGUUGCCGUUUCUCCUGGCGCUACUCGCGGCUUUAUCAAGCACGCCAACCCUUCUCAGGGAGUUACCGAGGCACUUCUCAAGCAAACGCUUUCAGCCUUUGGAACCAUUACCUUUGUGGAGAUUGACAAGCGCAAGGGUUUCGCCUAUGUCGACUUUACCGAACACGAGGGUCUUCUGAAAGCUGUCACGGCCAGUCCUAUCACCGUUGCGCAAGGCACUGUGCAAGUCCUGGAGCGAAAGGACAAGAAGCCUGCCAACACAAGCUCUACUGCGCCUGCUACAGCCCCAACACCAGCUGCUGGAUCUACUGCCCAGGAGAAGACGUCCGGCAGAGGUAGACGUGGACGUGGCGGAGGCAACAAGGCGAAGGACGCCGGUGCCAGCAACCAGGGCGCAGCUGCUGCCGCACCAGCCUCGGCGAAUGGUGGAGGCUGA